CAGUCUUAGAGAGAGAAAGAUCACAACAUCUGUUUGGAGAGAGAAACAUACUUACAAAUUUUAAGAGAUGUCAAAGGACAAAAAAAGGGCAGAUUUGGAUGAGAAAUUCCAGCAACUUCGUUCAAUGACAAACUCUACAUCUGCUAACAAAGCUUCAAUCUUGGUUAAGGCUUCUAAUCAUAUAAGAAAGUUGAAGGACAAGAUUGAAAAGCUUAAUCAAGAACUUGGUAGUACUUCAACUUAUCCUAAUACUGAAAAUGAACAUCAACAAGAUUCAUUCCCUAAGGUAAACGUAGAAACCCUAGAAAAUAUGUUUACAGUAAAUGUGGAAUCAGAACAAAAUUGCCCAGGGUUGUUGCUCACUAUUAUUCAAGUCUUUGAAGAGCUGGGGCUGGACGUUCUCAAUGCUGAAGCUGCUUGUAAUGAUGGCUUUGAACUUGCUGCUCAGGGUGUUUGGAAUGAAGGUGCGGAGAGUUUGGAUGCGGAAAUAGUGAAGCAAGUAGUGAUAGAAGCUAUCAGGAAAUGGAUGAGUGGCACUGCCAGCCCAUAGUUGAUUAGUGCUUAGCUCUUAAUAAAAGACUAGACUAAUUAAUAGUUUUUAUGUUUUACAUAUUUUGAGUACAUCUUUUCUUCCCUAUCCGUGCUUCCCCUGCCCAAGGACUUAUUUUUCUUCAUAGGGUGGAAAUGGAACAUAAACAUGGUUUAUCUUUUCAUUUCCAUUAAAUUCUCAUAUAUCAUAAGAUGGAACGUUAUUAGUUUAAUAUUUGUUUUUUAUUCAACAUUACGCCGUGACAAUUCAUCACAUAAUCUCACCGUGGCUAACUCGUGUGGACACGGAAAACCCGUGGGCUCGGGCCCACAGAUCCACAGGUCAAGAGCGUUGAGUUGCACAUACGCUUGGUGAGAUUUAUUGUUUCCCAAAGCCAUAUGAUAGUAGGAGAAUUAGCUCACCCAAUAUAUAUGCAAAUUCACAACACACUAUUUUAUUGAUGUGAAAUCUUAUCUCACAUGUAAAGUAUUUCCAAUAUUCAAAGUUGGCUAAAGAAACCCACAUACAAGGGAGAGAAAAUAAAUCUUUUCCGUAGGCAUUGAAAAUUAAAAUUUUGUCAUAAGGUUACA